CGUUGCGCUUCGGAAGCUGAAUGUGACCUCAGUCGUGAGUGUCAGCGUAUAGCAGAACCUGGGGACACCGCCUUCUGCAGUAAAGAGAAUCUCAAAAGCACAUUUAUCAGCAAGAAUUCCAAACAUCUCAUCAAGGUCUGAGACUGACUCAAUUCAUCAGAACUUGAAAAUCAUUGAACUUCCAACAUAUAUCUGGGAGAAAAGAUUUCCAACAUCAGCGUGAUUGGAAAUGCACCUCAACACAUUCACCCAAGUAAGUGUUCCAGUGAACUGACUAGUUUAAGACCUGUACACACGUCACAUAGCCUGACUAACGUCACGCCAUUUUCAGUGGGGAGAAACUCUAUCUGUAUCCUGUGUAUGGAUGAGGAGAGGCAUCCAAAAUGGAGAGGCAUGAUGACACCUACACCAAGGAGAAACCAUGGAAAUGUGUGGACUGUGGGAAGGGAUUCAAAUACCCAUCCCGGCUGGAAACUCAUCGACACAGUCACACUGGGGAGAGACCGUACACCUGCUCUAUGUGUGGGAAGGGAUUCACACGGGCUUUUGACCUUUUGAAACAUGAACGUACUCACACUGGGAUGAGGCCGUUCAUCUGCCCCGAGUGUGGGAAAGGAUUCAGUGACUCAUCCAACCUCCUGACACACCAGCGAGUUCAUACUGGGGAGAGACCAUUCCCCUGCUCUGAAUGUGGGAAGGGAUUCAGUGAUUCAUCCAGCCUGUGCAGACACCAGCGAGUUCAUACUGGGGAGAGGCCAUUCAUUUGCUGUGAGUGUGGGAAGGGAUUCAGUCAGUCAGCCCACCUGCUGAGACACCAGCGGGUUCACACUGGGGAGAGGCCGUUCUUCUGCUCAGAGUGCGGGAAGGGAUUCAGUGACUCAUCCUACCUGCUGACACACCAGCGACUCCACACUGGGGAGAGGCCAUUCCCCUGCUCUGAGUGUGGCAAGGCAUUCUCUCUCUUAUCAAAUCUCCGGGCACACCAACUAGUUCAUACUGAUGAGAAACCUUUCAAGUGUACACAUUGUGAGAAGAGCUUUAAAUGCAAACGUGAAGUGCUGACACAUGAACACAUUCAUACUGGGGAGAGGCCAUUCCCCUGCUCAGUGUGUAGAAAACAAUUUCUCCGUUCAAAAAGCCUUCUGAGACACCAGCGAAUACACAUUGGUGAGAAGUUGUUACCCACUGCCUUCUGGGAAAGCAUUUACACAGUCAGCCCACCCUCUGAGACACCAGCGAGUUCACAAGUGAUUGCAGGGCAGAUAUCUGUUGCGGAUAUUGUUGUUAAUGAAACUUCGAUUCAUCACUCAGUCCUCCAGGGAGCUGGAUCAAUAUGAUGGAGGAUUGAUCCAUCCCCUGAAGGAGAAGGAAGCAGACGCAGUGGCACAUGGAAAUACGUACAGCUUGUGAUGUGAUCUGGAAAAGUACAGAGAAAGAGAGAGAGAGAGAAAAAGACAUUGUGACUUUGGUUAAUCACGCAGAGUCGUAGAGAUUUACAGCAUGAAAACAGACCCUUCAGUCCAACACGUUCAUGCUGACCAGAUUUCGCAACCCAAUCUAGUACCACCUGCCAGUUUGCGGCCCAUAUCGCUCCAAAUGUUUCAUAUUCAUAUAUCCAUCAAAAUGCCUCUUAAAUGUUGCAAUUGUACCAGCCUACACCACAUCCUCUGUCAGCUCAUUCCAUACACGUACCACCCUCUGCCUGAAAAAGUUGCCCCUUAGGUCUGUUCUUUAUCUUUCCCCUCUCACCCUAAGCCUAUGCCCUCUAGUUCUGGACUCCACAACCCCAGGGAAAAGAGUUUGUCUAUUUAUCCUAUCUAUGCCCCUCAAAAUUUUGUAAACCUCUAUAAGGUCACCCCUCAGCCUCCAACGCUCUUGUGAAAACAGCCCCAGCCUGUUCAGCCUCUCCCUGUAUCUCAGAUCCUCCAACCCUGGCAACAUCCUUGUAAAUCUUUUCUGAACCCUUUUCAAGUUUCACAAUGUCUUUCCAAUAGGAAGGAGACCAGAAUUGCAUGCAAUAUUCCAACAGUGGCCUAACCAAUGCCCUGUACAGCUGCAACAUGACCUCCCAACUCCUGUACUCAAUACUCUGACCAAUAAAAGAAAGCAUACCAAACGCCGCCUUCACUAUCCUAUCUACCUGCGACUCCACUUUCAAGGAGCUAUGAACCUGCAUUCCAAGGUUUCUUUGUUCAGCAACACUCCCUAGGACCUUACCAUUAAGUGUAUAAGUCCUGUUAAGAUUUGCUUUCCCAAAAUGCAGCACCUCGCAUUUAUCUGAAUUAAACUCCAUCUGUCACUUCUCAGCCCAUCUGGUCCAGAUCCUGUUCUAAUCUGAGGUAACCCUCUUCGCUGUCCACUACACCUCCAAUUUUGGUGUCAUCUGCAAACUUACUAACUGUACCUCUUAUGCUCGCACACAAAUCACUUAUGUAAAUGACAAAAAGUAGAGGGCCCAGCACCGAUCCUUGUGGCACUCCACUGGUCAUAGGCCUCCAGUCUGAAAAACAACUCUCCGCCACCACCCUCUUUCUUCUACCUUUGAGCAAGUUCUGUAUCCAAAUGGCUAGUUCUCCGUGUAUUCCAUGAGAUCUCACCUUGCUAACCAGUCUCCCAUGGGGAACCUUGUCGAUCGUCUUACUGAAGUCCAUAUAGAUCACAUCUACUGCUCUGCCCUCAUCAAUCUUCUUUGUUACUUUAUCAAAAAACUCAAUCAAGUUUGUGAGACAUAAUUUCCCAUGCACAAAGCCAUGUUGACUAUCCUGAAUCAGUCCUUGCCUUUCCAAAUACAUGUACAUCCUGUCCCUCAGGAUUCCCUCCAACAACUUGCUCACUACCAUGGUCAGGUUCACCGGUCUAUAGUUCCCUGGCUUGUCUUUAAACAGUGGCACCAAGUUUGCCAACCUCCAGUCUUCAGGCACCUCACCUGUAACUAUCGAUGUUACAAAUAUCUCAGCAAGAGGCCGAGCAAUCACUUCUCUAGCUUCCCACAGAGUUCUCGGGUACACCUGAUCAGGUCCUGGGGUAUUUAUUCACCUUUAACCGUUUCAAGGCAUCCAGCAUUUAACUCAUUCGUUCAAAGUGUGUGCCAUUGCAACAGAACUGGCACACACACACACACUGACAUACAGAGGCAAAAAACAGAUUUAUAGGCACGCAUAUACACUGGCAGAGAGAUACAUAGACAGGUCACACCAACACACCGAGACAGAAUCAUACACAGACAGAGAAAUAGGGACAAACACAAGCACUCAAAAAAAAUCCAUCUGGAGAGACGUAGAAACACACUAUCCCUCAGUAUAUUGUUUGGGUUGUGUUUCAUAAAUUCAAGUUCAUUUGUACAAUAGAUCUGUGUAAUCGCUAUCCAUUUGUAAAAUGGAUUGAUUCGUUUUUGAAAUUGUCAGAAGCUAA